AGGACGAGCGGGGAAUGGAGGCGGUGGACGAGGGGGAGAGCCCGAGCGAGCCCCAGGACCUCUCCCUGGUGGACUUCAGCCGGAGCUACGGCUGCAAGUCCCUCUUCGCCGAGGGGGCCGAGCCCGGUGACGCCGACGACACUCCGGCCCUGGGCUCCUCCCCCCGCGGCGCCGGCGGCGGCGGCGGCGGUGGCGGCCAAUCAGGGAGCAGCAGCAAGCUCAACUGUGACAUCUGCGGCCUGUCCUGCAUCAGCAUCAACGUGCUGCUCGUUCACAAGCGGAGCCACACCGGUAAGGAGAGGACGUGGCUAAAUGAAAGUAAAGGUGAGAGGCCUUUCCAUUGCGUCCAGUGUGGCGCCUCCUUCACCCAGAAAGGGAACCUCCUGCGCCACAUCAAGCUACACUCGGGCGAGAAGCCCUUCAAGUGCCACAUGUGCAACUACGCCUGCCGCCGCCGCGACGCCCUGAGCGGGCACCUGCGCACCCACUCUGUGGAGAAGCCCUACAAGUGCAACCACUGCGGCCGAAGCUACAAACAGCGCAGCUCUCUGGAGGAGCACAGGGAGCGCUGCCACGUGUACGCCCAGAACCGGGGCUCCGUGGACACAGUGUCUCACGUGGAGGACGGCCAGGCGGUGCGGUCUCAGAUGGGGAGCGAGCGAGCCCUUCUGCUGGACAAGCUGGCCAGCAACGUGGCCAAGCGCAAGAGCUCCAUGCCACAGAAGUUCACCGGGGACAACGGCGUCUGCCUGGACCUGAGCUUCAACCGGGGCCCGAUGCGGCCGACGGACGCGACGGACCCCCCGCUGAGGGGCUCCCCCGGCGCCGACGUCACCGCCCUGGACCACGAGACCCCCCUCUCCCACCGGCACUACCCCGUCCAGCUCACCCGCAGCCCCCACACCAACGGCCACAAGCUGCCCCUGCUGGCCCCCGGUGGCCUGUCCCACCCGGCCCCCUCACCCCAGGGGCCCCACCACGGGCUGGAGCCCAGCCCGGGGGACGCCUCCCCGGUUCCCCAGUCCCUCAUCUACAACCUGGGGCACCUGUUGGGGGGGUUCCCCAACGGCCUGCCCCACCCGCACCCCCACGCCCAGGGCCCCGCCCAGGGCCUCUCCAUGGGGCCCCUGGAGGCCAUGCGCGUGCUGAAGACGGAGGGGGACCCCGGGGGGCUUCUGGCCCCCGCCGGGGCCCUGUACCCCUGCAGCCACUGCCGGGUUAUCUACCUGGACUACGUCAUGUUCACCAUCCACAUGGGCUGUCACGGCUUCCGGGACCCCCUGGAGUGCAACGUGUGCGGCCACCGGAGCCGCGACCGCUACGAGUUCACCUCGCACAUCGCCCGCGGCGAGCACCGCACCGAGCUGAAGUAGCGGCGUGCGGA